AUGGUGCGCAUCAUCAUCAAGGGUGGUGUGUGGCGUAACACCGAGGAUGAGAUCCUCAAGGCUGCCAUCUCCAAGUACGGCAAGAACCAGUGGGCCCGUAUCUCGUCGCUUCUGGUGCGCAAGACCCCCAAGCAGUGCAAGGCGCGAUGGUACGAGUGGCUGGAUCCUUCCAUCAAGAAGGUCGAGUGGUCAAAGACCGAGGACGAGAAGCUGUUGCAUCUCGCCAAGUUGAUGCCCACGCAGUGGCGUACGAUUGCCCCCAUUGUGGGCCGUACGGCCACGCAGUGUCUGGAGCGCUACCAGAAGCUCCUCGACGAUGCCGAGGCGGCGGACCAGGACGAGCUUGGCCUGGGCGACGGCGACGUUGACGGCGCGUCCAAGCCUGCCGACGGCGCGCGCGGUCUGCGCCAGGGCGAGAUCGACCCCGACCCGGAGACGCGCCCUGCCCGUCCCGACCCCGUGGACAUGGACGACGACGAAAAGGAGAUGCUGUCCGAGGCGCGUGCGCGUCUCGCCAACACGCAGGGCAAAAAGGCCAAGCGCAAGGCGCGUGAGCGUCAGCUCGAAGAGGCCCGUCGCGUCGCGUUCCUCCAGAAGAAGCGUGAGCUCAAGGCCGCGGGCAUCAACCUCCGCACCAAGCCCAAGAAGAAGGGCAUGGACUACAAUGCCGACAUUCCGUUCGAGAAGCAGCCCGCACCUGGAUUCUACGACACUGCCGAGGAGCGUUCCAAGACAUACGCGCCCGUGGUCGGCUCGUCGCUGCGUGCCCUCGAGGGAAAGCGCAAGGAGGAGCUCGAGGAGGCCGAGGGCCGCGACGCCAAGCGCAAGAAGGGCAACGACAACAAGGCCGGUACCGCCACCCAGUUUGUGCAGCAACGCGAAGCCCAGAUCCGCAAGCUCAAGGAGCAGGAGCAGAUUAUCCGCCGCCGCAAGCUCAACCUCCCUACCCCCCAGGUUGGCGAGCGCGAGCUCGAGGAGAUUGUCAAGAUUGGCCAGGCAGGCGAGGCUGCUCGUGACCUUGUUGGAUCCAACGACGCCACCGACGGGCUUGUCGGCGACAGCUACGACACCCUCGGCCAGGCGCGCAUGACUCGCACGCCACGCGUGGCCAUGGCCGAGGACAACGUCCUCGCCGAGGCCCGUCACCUCCGCAACCUCGUCAACACCCAGACUCCCCUCCUCGGCGACGAGAACACCCCCCUCCACAGCGCCAACGACGAGGCCGGUACGGGCUUUGAAAGCGCCACCCCUAGGCAACACAUUGCCUCGACGCCCAACCCCCUGGCUACUCCAGCGCGUAACGGUGUCGCCUCUACCCCUCGUGGUGUGGGCCAGACCCCACUGCGCACCCCUAUUCGUGACAACCUUAGCAUCAACACCGACCAGCGCCCCAGCGGCUGGGGUGACACCCCAUCUGACGACCGCCGCCGCGUCAAGGAUGCCAAGCGUGCCCUCAAGGCCGGUUUCGCUGCCCUCCCUCGUCCCGAGAACAACUUCGAGCUCGAGGACCCGGAGGAUGACGACGAGGAGGAUGACGAGGUUGAGAUGACUGAGGAAGAUGCCGCUGAGCGUGAUGCUCGUCUCAAGGCUGAGCGCGAGGAGGAGGAGCGUCUCGAGCUUGAGCGCCGCUCCCAGGUCGUCAAGAAGGGUCUCCCCCGUCCCGCCAACGUCGACACUCGCAGCCUGUUCCGUGAGCUCACUGCUGCUACUGCCGAUGCCGAGGAGAGUCUCGCUGCCGCCAUUGCGAUGAUCAACCUCGAGGUCGCCGCACUUGUCAAGCACGACUCGCUCGCCCACCCCUUGCCAGGCACCAGCAACCCAGGCAACUUGGCCAGCGACUACGACAUGCCCGAGGACGAGUUUGUCGCUGCUGCCAAGGCCGCUAUUCACUCUGAGCUCGCCACCGCUCUCGGCCUUCCGGGCGCCAACGACGAGCAGAUCCGUGUCGUGAUUGGCUCGCAGGCUGCCGAGGACCCUACUGCCUUUGCAUCGUCGUGGUCGUCAUCCAAGCAGCUUGUCUACUCCCCCGUCUCCGGCUGGGUCGAGGCCGCGACGCUGUCUGAGGACGAGCUGGCUGCCGCAUACGCCUCCAUGGUCGGCUCGAGCCGUGACCGCAUGGUCGCCGACGCGACCCGUGCCGCCAAGGCCGAGAAGAAGCUCGGCAAGCAGCUGGGCGGCUACACUGCCUUGAAUGGCAAGGCGCGUGCCGGCAUUGUCGCCGCCAUGGAGGACAUUCGCACGCAGCAGCGCGAACUCGCGACUUUCAGCAUGUUGCGGACGAUGGAGGAGGCUGCUGCGCCUGCCCGUCUCGAGGCCAAGCGUGAGGAGGUGGCCGGGCUCGAGCGUCGCGAGCGCGAUCUGCAAGCACGGUAUGCAGAGCUCAAUGACGAGCGCCGCGACUUGAUGGAGAAGAUUGGCGAACUGGAGACGGACAAGGAGGUCAUAUCGGCGCAGAUGGCACUCGACGCGCAGGAGCUGGCGGAGGCCAAUGGCGAGUAG